AUGUCUCUUGACUCUCCGGAACAUGACACGGAAUCGACAACCCAACCCGUAAUCUCGCCUCCGCUAGACAGUUCAAAUAGCCAACAUGCUAGUCAUGCUGAUCUCUCUGACGUUGUUCAACCUCCUAAUAUAAAUGCCGCCUCCCCAGAAGGUUUGACAAACAACGAAGAACUUCCUAUCCCUCCAGAUACUACCGAUACUCAAACCGGCGGAAAGGUAAAGUGGCGUCGGCAAGAUGAAGAACCCACCUUGUACAUAGAUCAAUUCGUAGCCGUAACAAAGACCUAUUUGUACAUUUUCAAUUAUUACAUUCCUGAUGGCAGAGAUAAAGCUAUUCCAAUGAAUAGCAUAACAAAUGUUCAAACGGACAAGGAAACUAAUGUGUCAUACCAAAGAUGGGGUGCCGGAUCAAUGGAUCUUUGGUGGGCACGGGAUUUUGGAAGGUGGAAGAAUCAUGACCUGUGUGUUAUUGUUACAGUCGAUAAAGGCUUUUUCAAGCGAAAAGGUUUCACGAUGGAAAGCAUUGAAGGUUUUCACGUUUUGAAGAGGGCAUGGAAGCAGUCGAAAGGAAUGACUUUAACCGAUAAAGAUCAUUGA